AUGCCCCAAUUUCGACGACAUGAGGCCCUAACCGGCAGUCCUAGGUUUUUUUUUAUGUCGAUUCCGUAUUCUUUUGCCCAAACUUUUUGGCCACAGUCGUUUGGGAGCGAUUCAAUCGCUUCGUACGAUUUCUUGAGUUAUGUGAAUAAAGCCAGUGAGUUGUCCUCGGAUUUUGCCAAUGUCAGUGGAGAUUUGGGGGAGAAUUGUGAUCGUCAUCGUCUCAGAGUUCGACACUCAGUGCAAACCAUUAUCAAUCAAAUGAGAGAAACAGUCCAGGAAACGAGCCUUGCGUGGAAGAGCAAUGUGGAUAUAUUUGGUGCUGGUGUUGGCUUCAAUGAUGAAGGAGGAGGCGGUUUCGCAACUUACAAGCGAGUGGUGGCCUCUGUUGAGGAAGUGCCUGUGGAGAGUCUUCAACAACAGGAGAUUGCUUUCAUGCUGAUUGGGCACAUAUUGGAUAAAGUCCAGAUUGAUCUUAAGCUUUUGUAA